AUUUUUGGGUGGCGUCGGUAAUAUUUCGUAAUGGAUCGUCGGUGCCGUAAAAACGGUUAGAGUAACAAAACGUGAUUUAAAGGUGGUGAAGGUGCCAAAGAGAGAGGAACGUUGCAAAUGAACAGAAGUCACAGGAAACAAAGUGCGAUAUUAUACCAAGGAGGAGGAAUUGAAACAGGAAUCAUUUCUGCCCUAAACUGGCCAGGAACAGAUAGAAAUUGCGUAGCCCGAUGAGAGGAAUGGAACUUAAUGGAGUCUUACGUAAUGGCCACAUCAAGCAGCAAAAUCUCAAUAUAUCAGAGAACGAAGAGAUAAAAAAAUCAUCUCUUACCGUCUCAGAUCAAACCGACGAGGAAGAGGAAGGAGAUCAUGUUACACCUCUGCCUGGUUCAACUGUAAAUCUUGAUAUAGUCAGUUGGCCAUCAGAAGAUACAGACCCAUCAGGGCAGGUCCGCGUUACAGUCAUACCUUCGGCUCAGGACGAAUCUAGAAGAAAAUCUCGUUAUUCAACAUAUCAGCAAUCUCCGCCAUUACUUAUUCCUCGGCCAGACAACCACCUUUGUCUGGCAAUAACUGCAAUAAUCUGUUGCUGCCUACCUUUUGGUGUGGUCGGAUUCAUUUGUGCACUACAGGUGGACAGAACCUACGAUGAUGGAAACAGAGAAGGUGCUGUGCAGAAAUCGAAAAAUGCAAAGUACUGGAGUAUGACGGCUAUUGUGUUUGGCAUGCUGGGAAUAGUUGGAGCGUCAUUUUAUCUGAUAUUCUUUCAUCUCGUUCCUUCUAUCUCAUAGUUUUUGGGAGUUCACUUCAAAUUUCAGGCGUGACUAAAUUUCAUAUCAUGCGAAACAAGAAUGGAGAAGGUUUGAUGAACCUCAGCGUAGAAUAUGCGACAGUCAAUCUGAGUCUCUGUUCAGUCCUGGCUUGGAGGUAGGACCAUCUGCAUGGGAUAAUGGUAUCAUAUCCUAAGGUUCUUCCUCGCUGGCCUUUCACCAGCAACUAGCGAUGCGCGUGUGGAUGGUAGAACCAAGAACAUGGUAGAAAUCUACCUUAAACAUAAGAUAAUCUACGAUCAACAAGAAGAAAAAAACUUUAACGGAAGAGGUUGCGUUAUGGCCGAUGCAAAAAGGAGUGGUGUUUCGGACAGCACAAAACUACGAUAGGCAAACCUCUCAGCCUGAUCUAACUGCUAAGAGUCAGUUGGAUCGAUAAAGUCAAGUCAUUCAAAGGGUGAAUUUCUCAGAAAAUACUGAAAACAUACUUGAUUGCCUCAACAUCCUACAAAACCCCAUGUAAAUAACUCGUUUCGAUUUUCCUCUCUUAAUAAUUAUGCGAUUGUGCGUCAAACCAUAACAAUGAGACUUCAGCUUGUUAGUUUGAAGUAUGGCUCUCUUUACCAACCCUUUGACCUCUAAAACAGACCAGUAUCGUAUUUCUCCCCACAAUAUAACCCUUGAAUCACGCAUGAAGGUUACGAGAAUAAAGGAAAUGAUCACCAACUAAACAAAUUUUCCAUGUGAGCACCUAAGGAAAUGCAUGAAGGACAGUUUGGAGAAUAUGUAUACUGAUGUUAAGGUGUAAGGGGUCAAGCGAAGUUGUCAUUCCGGCUUUCAAACACGAUUUUACGGCACAGCGGCAGAUCCAGACGUAAUUAACUUUAACCAAAGAUACGAUGGGACCCCCUUCUAAAGACAUUUACAUUUUUUAAUCAUACGCUGGCAGCGAUAAAGCAAACGGAAGAAUGAGUUCCGAAACGCCUUCUGGUUGAAACCGAAAAAUUGCUUGAUGAACGAAAUAAUGUAAUUCUUUCAUUCGAACACUGAGUGCUGAAUCUCUGUGUCAAACAAAGAGAUUUUGCAGUACAGUACUGGUAAUUUACCUGUGCUCUGUCUUCAAUGCAUUAACCAAUGUAACUGUAACGUACUAUGAGUUUGAAAAAUAAUAAAUAUAA